CCGGGCGUCCCGGAGGCCGGAGGCGGCUGGCGCGGAGUAGCCGGGUGGCGGGGCCGCCAUGGCGGUGCGACAGGCGCUGGGCCGCGGCCUGCAGCUGGGCCGAGCGCUGCUGCUGCGCUUCACGGCCAAGCCCGGCCCGGCCUGCGGCUGGGGGCGGCCCGAGCGGCCGGGCCCCGCGGCGGGCUGGGGCCGCGGAGAACGCCCGGGCCAGGCCGCGGGACCCGGCGCGGAGCGGCGCAGGCUGGGGCUCGGGCUCCCCGACCGCUACCGCUUCUUCCGCCAGUCGGUGGCCGGGCUGGCGGCGCGACUCCAGCGGCAGUUCGCGGUGCGGGCCCGGGGUGGCGCGGGCCCUUGCGGCCGGGCCGUCUUUCUGGCCUUCGGGUUGGGCCUGGGCCUCAUCGAGGAGAAGCAGGCGGAGGGCCGGCGGGCGGCGGCGGCCUGUCAGGAGAUCCAGGCAAUUUUCACCCAGAAAAACAAGCUGCUUCCUGACCCUUUGGACACUAGACGCUGGCAGGGCUUCCGGCUGGAGGAGUAUCUGAUAGGGCAGUCCAUUGGCAAGGGUUGCAGUGCUGCUGUGUAUGAAGCCACCAUGCCUGUGUUGCCCCAGAACCGGGAGGUGGUGAAGAGCAUCAGACCUCUUCCAGGCCGAGGCCCAGAUGUCGUUGCACGAGAAGAGGAGCCAGCUUCACAGGCCCCUACCUUUCCCUUAGCCAUCAAGAUGAUGUGGAAUAUCUCGGCGGGCUCCUCCAGUGAAGCCAUCUUUAGCACAAUGAGCCAGGAACUCGUCCCAGCUAGUCGAGUGGCCCUGGCUGGGGAGUACGGAGCGGUCACUUACAGAAAAUCCAAGGGUGGUCCCAAGCAGCUGGCCCCUCACCCCAACAUCAUCCGGGUCUUUCGUGCCUUCACCUCUUCUGUACCACUGCUGCCAGGAGCCCUGGUUGACUACCCUGAUGUGCUGCCCCCACGUCUUCACCCCGAAGGCCUGGGCCACGGGCGGACGCUCUUCCUCGUUAUGAAGAACUACCCCUGUACGCUGCGCCAGUACCUCCGCGAGAACACCCCAAGCCCCCGCCUCGCCACCGUGAUGAUCUUACAGCUGCUGGAGGCGGUGGAUCAUCUGGUUCAACAGGGCGUCGCGCACAGAGACUUAAAAUCUGACAACAUUCUCGUGGAGUUGGAUGCAGAUGGCUGCCCCUGGCUGGUGAUCGCAGACUUUGGCUGCUGCCUGGCUGACGAGCGCACCGGCCUGCAGCUGCCUUUCACCAGCUGGUAUGUGGAUCGGGGCGGAAACGGCUGCCUGAUGGCUCCAGAGGUGUCCACUGCCUGCCCAGGCCCCAGGGCAGUGAUCGACUACAGUAAGGCUGAUGCCUGGGCCGUGGGUACGCUUGCCUACGAAAUCUUCGGGCUCUCCAAUCCUUUUUAUGGCCAGGGCAGGGCCCACCUUGAAAGCCGCAGUUACCAGGAGGCUCAGCUGCCCACGAUGCCCGAGUCAGUCCCUCUGGAUGCAAGACAGCUGGUGAGGUCACUGCUCCAGCGAGAGGCCAGCAAGAGACCAUCUGCCCGAGUAGCUGCUAAUGUGCUUCAUUUAAGCCUCUGGGGUGAACAUACUCUCGCCCUGAAGAAUCUAAAACUAGACAAGAUGAUUGGCUGGCUCCUCCAGCAGUCAGCUGCCACUCUGCUGGCUGACCGGCUCACGGAGAAGAGCUGCGUGGAAACCAAGAUGAAGAUGUUAUUUCUAGCCAACCUGGAGUACGAAGCGCUGUGCCAGGCAGCCCUGCUCCUCUACUCCUGGAGAGCAGCCCCAUGAGGGCUCCGCUGUAGCUGGUGCAUUUUACUAAAAGAACUUAGCAACA